AUGCGCUUUAGUAGCAUGAGGCUACUGUUUGCAGUUAUGCGCUUGCCCGUUUUGAAACCGCGGCUCCUUCCUUGUGAGCUAGUGGCGAUAAACAUGAAAAAUGCUCAUCUUGGCUACCAUACGCAGUCUAGUUCUCCGGGCGCAUCCCCAUAUCCCAGUCAUAUGUAUGCAGAAGCGCAUCCUGCACUCGAUAAGAGUUAUCCAAGUACACCAACCGAUCUUGGACGAGCUGCACUACACUAUCAAUAUCGUCGAGUGUCAUAUCAUGUGCAUCAUUCUGAGUGGUUCCGAUAUGAGCAGAAUAGUCUUGACCAAGUAGUCGCGCUUGCGACCAAAAGCACGAAUUAA